UGUUAAAAGCAAGUGGCCAAUGUUCUUAGUUUAAUCAUGUGGAUCUAAAUAAGUCGUCACCUUACAUUGCUAUUGCCUUGAAGUGAAGUAAUGCCUCAGACCUUAUAGUUUUAUGGUGACUUUGUGAAACAAGUGUUGCAUUUUACCAAAAAAGGUCUUUAACUGAUCCAUUAUGAGUUAGGUGUCAGUGACAACAUCAUGGUGUUAUUAGGUCUCCGUGACAAAAUCAUGGUGCUAUUAAGUUUGCGUGACAAAAUCAUGGUAUUAUUAGGUCUCCGUGACAAAAUCACGUCUUAUCAGAUCUCAGUGACAAAAUCAUGGUGUUAUCAGGUCUCCGUGACAAAAUCAUGUGUUAUUAGGUCUCCGUGACAAAAUCAUGUGUUAUCAGGUCUCCGUGACAAAAUCAUGGUGUUAUUAGGUCUCCGUGACAAAAUCAUGUGUCAUUAGGUCUCCGUGACAAAAUCAUGGUGUUAUUAGGUCUCCGUGACAAAAAUCAUGUGUUAUUAGAUCUCAGUGACAAAAUCACGUGUUAUCAGGUCUCAGUGACAAAAUCAUGGUGUUAUUAGGCCUCAGUGACAAAAUCAUGUGGUAUUAGGUCUCCGUGACAAAAUCAUGGUGUUAUUAGGUCUCCGUGACAAAAUCAUGUGUUAUUAGGUCUCAGUGACAAAAUCACGUGUUAUCAGGUCUCAGUGACAAAAUCAUGGUGUUAUUCGAUCUCCGUGACAACAUCAUUCCUAUCAUCUUGUUAUGAUGCUGUUGUGACCAUUCGGUCGGGAAAACAAAGGGUCAUUUUUAUAAUUAAACAAAGAAUCUUGGUGUACAAAAAACAUGUGGCAGCUACAGAUUGGUUUGAAACAAAUCAUAUGUAAAAAAACAACUUGUUUAAUUUGUGGUGACCUAGUUGUUGGUGACGUAGAUGUCGGUGACGUAGUUGUCAGUAGAGUAGUUGUUGCAGACGUAGCUAUUGCAUAUGUAAUUGUUGCAGACGUAGCUGUUGCAGACGUAGUUGUUGGUGAGUAGCUGUCGGUGACGUAGUUGUCAGUGACGUAGUUGCUGCAGACGUAGUUAUUGCAGACGUACUGGUUACAGACGUAGUGGUUACAGACGUAGUGGUUACAGACGUAGUGGUUGCAGACGUAGUGGUUAUAGACGUAGUAGUUACAGACGUAGUGGUUACAGACAUAGUGGUUACAGACGUAGUUGUUGCUGACGAAGUCGUUGCAGACAUAUUUUUUGCAGACGUAGAUGUUGAAGACGUAGUUGUUGAUGACGUAGUUGUUGGUGACGUAGUUGUUGGUGACGUGGUUGUUGGUGACGUAGUUUUGGUGAGUGGUUGUUGGUGACGUAGUUGUUGGUGACGUGGUUGUUUGUGACGUAGUUGUUGGUGACGUAGUUGUUGGUGACGUAGUUGUUGCUGACGUUCUUAUUGGUGACAUAGUUGUUGGUGACGUAGUUGUUGGUGACGUAGUUGUUGGUGACGUAGUUGUUGGUGACGUAGUUUUUGGUGACGUAGUUGUUGCUGACGUUCUUAUUGGUGAAUUGGUGACGUAGUUUUUGGUGACGUAUUUCUCGACUCAAUUUAUUCGUUUUUAAAAAGUACAAGAAUUACACAUUUAUAUUUCUUGAUAAAAAUGUUUGGUUAAAAAAUUCCCUUAACUUGAAAUAUAUCUAAAAUAAUAUCAGCCCGCUAUAGCAGGGCUGCACAACAAACGGCCUGCGGGCCGCAUGCAGCCAGCCAGCCUCCACUUUGCGGCCCGCGAUGUAACGAAAUAUUCUAAUUUUCUUUACAGCUCCCCCCCCCCCCCUAUUUUCUAGAAGCCCACACAAGUUGAACAACCUCCACUUUGCGGCCCGCGAUGUAACGAAAUAUUCUAAUUUUCUUUACAGCUCCCCCCCCCCUAUUUUCUAGAAGCCCACACAAGUUGAACAUAAAAUUGUAUGCCCCCCAUGCAUUUUGAGUUGUGCAGACCUGCUCUAUAGCUAUGAUACCUCUCGCGGUUGAUAACAUGAUAUUCAGAACAUUCCACUACUCUUGUACAUAUACGAGUAUGCCAAUGCAGUUCGAUUUCUAUGUUGUAGAAUAGAAUAAGCGUAGUGGUGAACCUUGCCGGUCCCGUAAGUUUAGAUAAGAUAAGAUGAUCAGAUAAGAAGAUAAGAUAAGAUUCUUUAUUGAUUCAAAUAAAUGGAACAUUUUUUUAAAAUUACAUUGUACAUUUUCAUUUUCAGCACAUAAAUAAAUCCAUAUUUUUAACCAACACAACAUUUUACAAUUAUAACAAUUUAAACACAAGACAACUAAAGCAUUUCUCUGGCCUAGAAAUCAGACAUUAAUGAACUCAUUUAGUGACAAUAAUGACUUAAUUAGUUAUCAUUUAGAUUGGAUAACCGCUGUGGAGUGCACCCUGGUAAAGUCGUAUUGAGUGGGGGAAAAGUUGCAUUUAUUUUAUAUCUUUCGGUUCUAACUUUAAGAGAAAUAAUUCUCCCUGAUCGAGCUGAUCUUAGGUGUCUGUGAUGAAGAGGGGGGGGUUUAUUAACCCCCCCCCCCACCCAAAAAAAAAAAAAAAAUUAAAAAAAAAAAUGUUUCAAUCUUAAAGCAGCAUUUUUCUUCAAAUCGUUCUUCGAGAUGAAGGUGUCCAGUGUGUGUAUCUCUUCUCUCUACUGUAGGCUGUUUCACUUGUGUUUUCAACCCCCGAACGCUACAAUGACCAAGCUCAGUGCGUGUUUAGCCUUCCUGCAAGUCGUGAUCACGGCUGCGAUUGCCACUCUAGUGACAGCUCCAGGUACCCCCGGACAGCGUCUCCUACAUCAACACAGAUCGAACAGACAGAUCCACGAUGGUCUGUUCACCAUCAAUAACCAGGUGCGUCCAUUUUGGUAAUAGCCCGAAAAACUGAACUAGUAUUUUUUUUUUUAAUAAAGAGUGGAAAAAGAUGUGAUUAUGCUUGAAAAUAAAAGACAAGACAACGGAGCGGACGUUUCGGCAUGAUGCCUUCUUCAGCAGACGAUAGAAUAAAAUUUAAAAAAAAAGAUACAUUGAAAUUGAAAUUAAAAAUAAAACUUAUAUUUUGGAAGACGUCAGUAAAGUAAAUGUCGGUCAAAGUGGGCUCACUCAAUUUCCACCACCCCUUCCCCCCAAUAUUAUUUAUACUUUUUUUAUGGGAUUAGUGGGUUGGGGAUGUUGGUGGGGCUUUUUAAUUUUGUUUCGUUGCCCCCUUGUUAAAGCCUUGCUACGCCCCUGAUAGGUGGACAUGUUGUAAUUAUUGGCGGCUGUUGAUUCGUCCUUUGCAUGCUUAGAUGAGUGAGGCAAUUUUUAAAAAAAAAGUAGUAGCCUUGACUUGUUUCAAGUGUGGGAGAGUUGCUCAUUUCGUCAGCGUCACUCUCUCGUCCUUGCCUAUUUGAUCGAAUGUAUCAACUCAGUCAAGAUGCCUGGAAAUAGUCCACGAUGCUGCAUGUGUAUGUGUGUGUGUGUGUAAGUGUGUGCAUGUGUGUGUGUUUUUUUUUUCACUGGGCCGAUUAUGCGUUCUACGUCACAGGAAUUGAUAGACUUUUCAUUGUGUCAAUGCCAUACCCCCAACGGGACUGUACAUCCGGGUUUGAUUACAGAGUUUGCUUCUCUUAGACGAGUUGCCAUUCAGGUUUAACGAGUCCCAUCUACCCGGGGUUGCUGGGAAUAUUUUGUUUUUGUUUUUGCUUGUCUAGGCGUUUUCUGGGGAUUGAACUCCAGUCCCCUAGCUUCAGUAUUUCUACAUACUUGUUAAUGGUCAACUUAAGAGAUCAUGACAAAAUAUAAAUUCUGUAUUAACACUAAACAUGCAACACAUACUAUUUUUCUGUACUACAAAUAAUGUGUGUACAUUGUACUAAAACACAUGUGUCCUUUGCAUACGACAGAAUCCUCAAAUAUCCAUGUCACGUAUCCAGCCGCUACCUCCAGGUGUCGUCCCAGAAGAUGCCACGGUGCUCACUAGUGACAGGUGAAUCUCAGUCUCUCCCAUGUUUUGUCAUUCAUCCUUCUAUGGCCAUGUAUCAAACACAUAUUUUUUUAAAAUCCAUCUACGCUUUGUAUAGGGCACACACAUGUCUUAAACGUACUGUAUAUUUUAUCAUAUUACCUUACACAAGACUAAAAGUAAAACCAAAAGUUGCGCAAAAAAAAUAAAAUAAAAGCUGUGCUGAUUAUAACUGUACACUAUGCGAAAUUUUAAAGUGUUCAAUUUUUUUAGAAAUUUUAUUUAGUGUUUAUAAAAUGCAAUUCUCAAAUGGAAAAUUAUUAUUAACUUUUUUUUUUCUCUUCAAAAUUGGUUAUUAAAUAUUUGAACAGCGUUAAAUCAUGCAAUAAAUUCCGAACAAAAAAAACUAAAUAUAAAUGUAUCGUAUCAUUUAUUUUGGUGCGUCAAGCUCCAGAGUUUAUUACAACAAGUUUACCUAUAUAAUUUAUAUUACUUCAUCUAGCUCCAAAUGUAAUCUAAUAAAAAAUAAGUUUGUUGGUUAACUAUUACUUCAUCUAGCUCCAAAUGUAAUCUAAUAAAAAAUAAGUUUGUUGGUUAAUUAUUACUUCAUCUAGCUCCAAAUGUAAUCUAAUAAAAAUAAGUUUGUUGGUUAACUAUUACUUCAUCUAGCUCCAAAUGUAAUCUAAUAAAAAUAAGUUUGUUGGUUAAUUAUUACUUCAUCUAGCUCCAAAUGUAAUCUAAUAAAAUUAAGUUUGUUGGUUAACUAUUACUUCAUCUAGCUCCAAAUGUAAUCUAAUAAAAAUAAGUUUGUUGGUUAACUAUUACUUCAUCUAGCUCCAAAUGUAAUCUAGUAAAAAUAAGUUUGUUGGUUAACUAUUACUUCAUCUAGCUCCAAAUGUAAUCGAAUAAAAUUAAGUUUGUUGGUUAACUAUUACUUCAUCUAGCUCCAAAUGUAAUCUAAUAAAAUUGAGUUUGUUGGUUAACUAUUACUUCAUCUAGCUCCAAAUGUAAUCUAAUAAAAAUAAGUUUUUUGGUGAACUAUUACUUCAUCUAGCUCCAAAUGUAAUCUAAUAAAAUUAAGUUUGUUGGUUAACUAUUACUUCAUCUAGCUCCAAAUGUAAUCGAAUAAAAUUAAGUUUGUUGGUUAACUAUUACUUCAUCUAGCUCCAAAUGUAAUCGAAUAAAAUUAAGUUUGUUGGUUAACUAUUACUUCAUCUAGCUCCAAAUGUAAUCUAAUAAAAUUAAGUUUGUUGGUUAACUAUUACUUCAUCUAGCUCCAAAUGUAAUCUAAUAAAAUUGAGUUUGUUGGUUAACUAUUACUUCAUCUAGCUCCAAAUGUAAUCUAAUAAAAUUAAGUUUGUUGGUUAACUAUUACUUCAUCUAGCUCCAAAUAUAAUCUAAUAAAAAUAAGUUUGUUGGUUAACUAUUACUUCAUCUAGCUCCAAAUGUAAUCUAAUAAAAAUAAGUUUGUUGGUUAAUUAUUACUUCAUCUAGCUCCAAAUGUAAUCUAAUAAAAUUAAGUUUGUUGGUUAACUAUUACUUCAUCUAGCUCCAAAUGUAAUCUAAUAAAAAUAAGUUUGUUGGUUAACUAUUACUUCAUCUAGCUCCAAAUGUAAUCUAGUAAAAAUAAGUUUGUUGGUUAACUAUUACUUCAUCUAGCUCCAAAUGUAAUCGAAUAAAAUUAAGUUUGUUGGUUAACUAUUACUUCAUCUAGCUCCAAAUGUAAUCUAAUAAAAUUGAGUUUGUUGGUUAACUAUUACUUCAUCUAGCUCCAAAUGUAAUCUAAUAAAAAUAAGUUUUUUGGUGAACUAUUACUUCAUCUAGCUCCAAAUGUAAUCUAAUAAAAUUAAGUUUGUUGGUUAACUAUUACUUCAUCUAGCUCCAAAUGUAAUCGAAUAAAAUUAAGUUUGUUGGUUAACUAUUACUUCAUCUAGCUCCAAAUGUAAUCGAAUAAAAUUAAGUUUGUUGGUUAACUAUUACUUCAUCUAGCUCCAAAUGUAAUCUAAUAAAAUUAAGUUUGUUGGUUAACUAUUACUUCAUCUAGCUCCAAAUGUAAUCUAAUAAAAUUGAGUUUGUUGGUUAACUAUUACUUCAUCUAGCUCCAAAUGUAAUCUAAUAAAAUUGAGUUUGUUGGUUAACUAUUACUUCAUCUAGCUCCAAAUGUAAUCUAAUAAAAUUAAGUUUGUUGGUUAACCAUUACUCCACUACGUCAUCACCGCGACUCUCUUAUCUCAAUGUUCUCCGCUUAGUGUUCGGGCCACUGGUCAUCUUAGAGUUCCCCAUUCCUCGUGUUGGUUUCUGUUUAACACUUGAUCUUCACCAGCAUGCCCGCCAACACGAAAUACGUCCCAGAGGUUGGCAACGGUCACCUGGCGACCGUUGUCCAGAGCGAUACCAUCUUCAUGAACGGCCUGUACAACGGGGCCAACAUCACCAGCCACAGGGCCAGGAUCCCGUCCACGGCCGGCUACAGUGUGACGCCCGUCAGCCCCCCGGGGCUCACUAGGAAGUACACCCUGGAUAUAGGGAGAGGUUUGUAUGUUGAGUUGACUACAAUCAAAUGACAAAUGUGGGUGUCGCUUGACUUCAUUGUGUUUAUACAAAUCCAAUUUGACCUGUUAUCAGAUAGUCAUUAUGUUUUAUUAUUUUGAAUUACUCUAUUUAUUGUUUAAAACUACUACGAUUUUUUUUCCUGAAGCUAUUACAGCAAAGGAUAUCUCCAAAGUUGUUUUUUUUUGUUGUCAUUCGCUGAGAGAAGGCUCUAAGCCGAAGCAUCCAUAUCUUUUGUCCUGUCUUUUUAUUCAAGCUUCAACAAACCUUGCUCUACUAUUUCAUUUACGAUUUUUCUUUUAAACAUUGGUCCAGAAAAAAGAUAUCCUGUAUUCUUGUGGUCCCGUAGUCCUGUGGUCCUGUCGUCUUGUAGUCCUGUGGUCCUGUCGUCUUGUAGUCCUGUAGUCCUGUAGUCCAAUCGUCAUCAAAAGGCAAGAAGCUGUCAAAUGCCACCCAGUGACGAUUAUCUCCCUGGUUCUUUUCUGCUUGUUUUGUUUAAAACAAAUGACUCUGAACAUUUUUUUGUUAAAUGCAUGUCUUGAAAUUAGCAAUUUUUUUUUCUCUAAGCGACCAUAUCGAAUAAUAAUAAUUAUUAAUCAUACAUGGAAAAAUAAAAUUAUGCACCUACAAUUUUUAUAAAUUUAUUACCUUAAUUUUAGUUGCUUUGCAGUCCAACUUCCGGCAAUAACAAUGGCGAACACUUAAGGUUUUUAACUAGUUUCUAUUUCUUGUCCUAUUUUCAUUUGUUCCUCUCUUGUUUUUCUGUCUUUCGGUUCAAGCUUCCACAUUAUACGUUGCUCUGCUAUUUUCCUUCACAUGAUCCAGGUGUAUUCACCGAGUCCCACGCUGGACCAGGGGUGAGUGUGUCUCUCAGAACGUACGCUCACCGUCAGCUGACACGUGCGCUGGUCAACGAACUCAUCUUGACCAGAGAUGACAUCGGAACCGACGUGGAGGUGAUGAUCAAUCUCAACACUGGACCAGCAAGUGUCGAUGUAGAAUUCACCAACGGAACGAUGGGGUAAUGUGGCUCAUCAGAAGCAUCGUUUGAUGGGUUUAGUUUUGUUGGGGGGAGGGGGGUGAUGGGGUUCUCACACUGUGAUGAUAAAUUGACCUAUUACGGAAUAGUUAUUAAUUAAAAUUUUUCAAAUAGCAAAAUAAUGUCACCUAAUAUGUGUUGUGUGCCUAAUAUAUGACUUAUCUAAAUAUAAGUAAAUGAUAAUAUCAGACAUUCAAAGAUGGUCGUUUUAAUUUAAAUUGAUGCCAACUUUUAUAUCACGUGACUGUAAACAUCUAUAUCUUGCCACUGUUAAAAAAAUAUUUUGGUAUUGUUAAAAUCUAUGAAUUAUUAAUCGGAAUAUAUUUAUUAUAUUACUGAUAAAAACUAUACCACUUAAUUUUUAGCAUCUCUAUUUUAUAAUAUGAACAUAAAUAUCUAUAGUCCCUGAUUUCUCCCUCACCUUGCCCACCCUCCCCCCCCCCAAUUCUAUCACACUCUUUCUCAUUUUCUUGCACUCCCUCGCUCCCUCCCUUUAAAUGGCAUGCUCUUUGUGUAUCUCUGUCACCUUACUUCUGGAACUCAUAUUCUCUCUGACGGAAUAUAUUUAUUAUAUUACUGAUAAAAACUAUACCACUUAAUUUUUAGCAUCUCUAUUUUAUAAUAUGAACAUAAAUAUCUAUAGUCCCUGAUUUCUCCCUCCCCUUGCCCCCCCUCCCCCCCCCCCAAUUCUAUCACACUCUUUCUCAUUUUCUUGCACUCCCUCGCUCCCUCCCUUUAAAUGGCAUGCUCUUUGUGUAUCUCUGUCACCUUACUUCUGGAACUCAUAUUCUCUCUGUCCUUCUCUUAACUUCUCUCUAUCCCGUUCCUGCGUGAUCUAUUCCUGACUGCGUUAUUCUUGACUGACCUAUUCAUAUCCGACACAUCCUUUACUGACCAAUUCCUGACUUAUCUAUUCCUGACCUACCUCUUUCUGACUGAUCUAUUCCUGACCUACCUAUUCCUAACUGAUCUAUUCCUGACCCACCUAUUCCUAACCUACCUAUUCCUAACUGAUCUAUUCCUGACCUAACUAUUUCUAACUGAUCUAUUCCUGACCCACCCAUUCCUAACUUAUCUAUUCCUGACCUAUCUAUUCCUGCCUGAUCUACUCCUGACCCACCUAUUCCUAACCUACCUAUUCCUAACUGAUCUAUCUCUGACUUAACUAUUCCUGACUGAUCUAUUCCUAACCCACCUAUUCCUAACCUACCUAUUCCUAACUGAUCUAUUCCUGACCCCACCCAUUCCCAACUGAUCUAUUCCUGACCUACCUAUUCCUGACUGAUCUAUUCCUGACCCACUUAUUCCUAACCCACCUAUUCCUAACUGAUCUAUUCCUAACCUACCUUUUCCUAACUGAUCUAUUCCUGACCUACCUAUUCCUGACUGAUCUAGUCCUGACCCACCUAUUCCUAACCUACCUAUUCCUAACUGAUCUAUUCCUGACCCACCUAUUCCUAACUGAUCUAUUCCUGACCUACAUAUUCCUAACUGAUCUAUUCCUGACCUACCAAUUUCUAAUUGAUCUCUUCCUGACUGGUCUAUUCCUGACCUACAUAUUCCUAACUGAUCUAUUCCUGACCCACCUAUGGCUAACUGAUCUAUGGCUAACUGAUCUAUUCCUGACCCACAUAUUGCUAACUGAUCUAUUCCUGGCCCACCUAUUCCUAACUGAUCUAUUACUGACUGAUUUAUUCCUGACCUACUUAUUCCUAACUGAUCUAUUACUGACUGAUCUAUUCCUGACCUACCUAUUCCUAGCUGAUCUAUCCUGACUGAUCUAUUCCUGACCUACAUAUUCCUAACUGAUCUAUUCCUGACCCACCUAUUGCUAACUGAUUUAUUCCUGACCCACCUAUUCCUAACUGAUCUAUUCCUGACAGACAUGUUGCUAACUGAUCUAUUCCUGACCCACCUAUUCCUAACUGAUCUAUUCCUGACCUACUUAUUCCUGACGGACCUAUACUUAUGUGUAUUCUCUCUAUACCUUCAGAUCUAUCAUUGGGACAACGCUGGCAGCAGAGUUCCCAGAAAUAUCUCCAAGGACAAAGUUUUACAUGAAGACGUCGCCCUCGCUAAAGGUAUGGUAGACAUGUGUUAGGGGGGACGGGGGACGGGUGGGGGGCGCUUUCUGUUUUACGUCUUACACAUUCAUGUUCAUUUGGUAGAGACAAAACAUGAUCACAAUUACAUUUUGUGAAACUUGUAUGUUUCAAAGACUAUCCCAUAGUGAUGACUUCGUACUUUACACACAUUUCCAUGACACCAAUUGACAGGAUACUGAAAUCAUUACAUCAUUCUAUGUGUCGCUGAUACGAUAAUAGAUAAUAACAAGUUAUAGAGCUAUGAUGGUAUCACAAUUUCGUAGGGCAUUGUCAAAAUGAAUGCAGGUCAAACGACCCAGUCCUUCCUGGCACUAACGGUCGUCGAUGUCGACCUGGAGAAUGUUCUGCAAGAGUACGAUGAAGGUAUGUUGUGGAGUUGAACACAAAAAUGUGUGUAUGUUGUAUGUUGUACGUAUCUUGUAUGGUUUCAUUUACAUCUUGUCUUUUAAAUGUUUUUGAGUAUUGGCAAUUUUUUAUUUCAGUAAAGCAGAUAGUGUAUAAAAUAAAUUAUAUGUUUGACAAGAGUACACAAUGGUACAAUAAAAUUGGGGUAAAAUGAAGUAAAUGAGGUGAGAGCCCCUGACAGAAAUUUUUUUGGUGGAAGGGGGGUGGGGCAGCAAAAAUGUCCCCUUGUUAAUGUUAUAAAUUUAAAUUUGGCCUUGUUUUAAAUAAUUUUGAGAAGCCUUGUGUUUUUUUUCUUCAGGUUUUUGUGUGUUUUGUUUGUGUGUGUUUGAUACUCGUUUUGUUUGUGUGUGUUUGAUACUCUAGAGCUUCACACUUUCAAAUGUUUUCCAGCACAACGACAAUUUCUGUCAGGCCAGCUUUUAGCCAACCACGUGCAAGGGUGGAAUCAAAUAUGGCAGAAAGGGCGUGUCGAUGUGAAAGGGGACAUAACCAUUGCUAGACACAACUACGGCUGUUUCUAUUACAUCUUCAGUUCUCUACCCUUCAAUGGCAACCGUAAAGACUGGCCUUUCAUUGGCCUCUCUCCCGGUGGAUUGGCGCACGGUGUAGAAGGCAAGGUGCGUACAUCAAGAUGGUUCAGUAGAGUGCUAGGCUAUACAUAGUAGGGCCUAUAAUCUUGUCCAGACUUAUGACACACGGUUUAGAAGGCAAGGUGCGUAAGUCAGGAGGGUUCAGUAGAGUGCUAGGCUAUUAAUAGCAUCAUCUUGUCCAGACUUAUGACACACGGUUUAGAAGGCAAGGUGCGUACGUCAGGAGGGUUCAGUAGAGUGCUAGGCUAUUAAUAGCAUCAUCUUGUCCAGACUUAUGACACGGUUUAGAAGGCAAGGUGCGUACGUCAGGAGGGUUCAGUAGAGUGCUAGGCUAUUAAUAGCAUCAUCUUGUCCAGAGUUAUGACACACGGUGUAGAAGGCAAGGUGCGUACGUCAGGAGGGUUCAGUAGAGUGCUAGGCUAUUAAUAGCAUCAUCUUGUCCAGACUUAUGACACACGGUGUAGAAGGCAAGGUGCGUACAUCAAGAUGGUUCAGUAGAGUGCUAGGCUAUAAAUAGUAGGGCCUAUAAUCUUGUCCAGACUUAUGACACACGGUUUAGAAGGCAAGGUGCGUACGUCAGGAGGGUUCAGUAGAGUGCUAGGCUAUUAAUAGCAUCAUCUUGUCCAGACUUAUGACACACGGUUUAGAAGGCAAGGUGCGUACGUCAGGAGGAUUCAGUAGAGUGCUAGGCUAUUAAUAGCAUCAUCUUGUCCAGACUUAUGACACACGGUUUAGAAGGCAAGGUGCGUACGUCAGGAGGGUUCAGUAGAGUGCUAGGCUAUUAAUAGCAUCAUCUUGUCCAGAGUUAUGACACACGGUGUAGAAGGCAAGGUGCGUACGUCAGGAGGGUUCAGUAGAGUGCUAGGCUAUUAAUAGCAUCAUCUUGUCCAGACUUAUGACACACGGUUUAGAAGGCAAGGUGCUUACGUCAGGAGGGUUCAGUAGAGUGCUUGGCUAUUAAUAGCAUCAUCUUGUCCAGAGUUAUGACACACGGUUUAGAAGGCAAGGUGCGUACGUCAGGAGGGUUCAGUAGAGUGCUAGGCUAUUAAUAGCAUCAUCUUGUCCAGACUUCUGGCGCACGGUAAUAAAAGGAAGUCAGCGUGCCUUUUAUAAGGGUUAGGCUAUUAAUAGCGUCAUCUUUUCUAGGCUGAUGCCAUAAACAUAGGCAGUUCCGUGCUGUUUUGUGGAUGUCAUCUGACCGUGCCGUUUUGUGGAUGUCAUCAAACAGUACUGUUGUCGCAGAUGAUUAUGUCAGUCUCAUCUUGCGAAACACGAGUUUCGACGUCACGAUGACAUCUUUGAAAUUAAUCCCUUUUCAGGAUUACUACGGUCACGUGUUCUGGGAUCAAGACACGUGGAUGUUUCCACCCAUCGCCUUACUUCAUCCGGACCUCGGACGCACCAUCGUCGAGACACGCACCAAGACACUGAAGACCGCCCAGAUCUGGGCCAAGGAGAGCGGCUACGAGGGGGCGCGCUUCCCAUGGGAGUCAGCAUACACAGGUGGAUUUUAUUUGACACGUUUUCUUCUUCAAUUUUUUUGGUCUGUUUUUUUUUUUUUUUUUACUUUUUUUUUUUUUUUUUUCUUUUUUUUUGGUUUUUUUUUUUUUUUUUUUACUUUUUUUUUUUUUUUAUCAACAUGGAAGAUUCAAAUGUAGGGAUAACACAUCAAGCAAACUUGCCUAGUGAGAUCACUGGAGAUAGAAAUAUAUCUCGAGUGAAGAGAACUUUAAAUGAUAAUAUGAACUAAACAAUGUAUAAACCACAGCAGAUGAAGCCUCCAGAAUUAAGCCAAAAUAUAAUUCUAAUUCAAUCGGAAUUUUAGUUAAGACUUCAAAAUAAUACGAUCAGGGCUUAAGACACCAUCAAUUUCUAUUAAAACUUAAGAUAAUUUUUUUGUUUAUAACUUAAGAAAAAAAUCAUUAUUAUGAGUUAAGAAGUUGCUUAAAUAUCACUUGGACAAAAUUCAUGCCACAGCAAGUGUGUAGACUUCAUACCACAACACAUAUUUCAUCUUUCUGUCUCAUCACCUAUGUCACCCUCCUGUCACACCUCGUAUGUCAACUUCCUGUCAAACCAUGUAUGUCAUCUUCCUGUCACACCACGUAUGCCACCUUCCUGUCACAUCACGUAUGUCAACUUCCUGUCACACCAUGUAUGUCAACUUCCUGUCACACCAUAAAUGUCAACUUCCUAUCACACCAUGUAUGUCAACUUUCUGUCACACCAUGUAUGUCAACUUCCUGUCGAACCACGUGUGUCAACUUUCUGUCACAUCACUUAUGUCAACUUCCUGUCACACCAUGUAUGUCAACUUCCUGUCACACCAUGAAUGUCAACUUCCUGUCACACCACGUAUGCCUUCUUCCUGUCACACCACGUAUGCCACCUUCCUGUCACACCACGUAUGCCACCUUCCUGUCACAUCACGUAUGUACCUUCCUUUCACACCACGUAUGCCACCUUUCUGUCACAUCACAUAUGCCACCUUCAUGUCACACUGCAUAUGUCAACUUCCUGUCAAAACACGUAUGCCAACUUCCUGUCACAUCACGUAUGCUACCUUCCUGUCACACCAAAUGUCAACUUUCAGUCACAUCACAUAUGCUAUCUUCCUGUCAGCCCAUGUAUGUCAACUUUCUGUCAAAUCACAUAUGCCACCGUCAUGUCACGCCACAUAUGCCACUUUUCUGUCACACCACGUAUGUCAACCUCCUGUGUUACCCAGUGUCGCGUCUUACUUCCGUAUGACUCUCCUAAUCCAUGUCUUCACGCGCCCCUAGGCCUAGAGACAUGUCCCGCCAUUCCCGUGGGGGUCAUGGAGGUCCACAUCAAUGGGGAUGUCGCCAUGAUGGUUCGUCAGUACUGGCAGCUAACACAGGAUCGGCAACUCAUGGUCAACGCAUCGGGGGCGGGUAUCGUCUGGGAAACAGCUAAAUACUGGGCGUCAAGAGCCACUUAUACCCCAAAAACUGACACUUACAGUAUAUACAGUAGGUGAUUUCUUUUUUAACAUAUUUUUUUUCUGGUAUCCGUCCGUCAUGCACUGCUGUUAACCUUGCAGGACGAAAUACUCAAGGCCUGGUACUUUUUCUCCAAGAUGAUAAGCUGCGUUCUUGAUCAGCAAAUCACCAUCUCCCUAGACACCUGUAUAACCCAAAGUGUUAUCAUAUUUGGAUGAUACAGCCUGGCACCGGUAGCGUCACAGGAGUUGCCUGAAUUUUCAUUGUUUCAGAGUCAUACCGCCAACGCGACUCGAUCUCCGGGUUUGAAUUCAGUGUCCUUCUUUCUCUGAGAUGACGUUGCCAUCCAGGGUUAACGAGUCCCAUCCACCCGGGGCGCCUUUGAUGUUCUUCGCUUGUCUGGGCUUUUGCUAAGGUUUGAACUCACGUCCACUAACUUUAAAUCGAAGCAGUUUAUUUCACGGCACAUCGUUUGCGUACAUGAUGAAUUAUCUACGGCAUCUACCCAUAAAAUUCCAUUUUUAAAACUACAUUUUUACUUGUAUAGGGAGUGCUUAUUUUCUUUUGAGACGACUAAAAAUAAUUCAUAGGGCCAGCAGACCAUAAAGAAAAGUUUGGAAAGAGCUCAUCUAGCACACAAAUACACUUCUAGCAUUUACCUUCAGUAGAAUAUCGUGUAGAUCUAUGACACUUGCAGUUUCUUUGGUGAGUGAAAUAUUUUGUAGAUCAAUGACACUUACAUUAUUUUUUAAUAAGUGAAUUAUCCUGUGCAUGCAUGUAAUUAUAAAGAUAAAUUUUAAGAUCCAAGUGGUACAAAAAUGUACCUCAGGUGUCAUGCAAUCAUACAAGCUGUAAAUCCCCAGAUGUCAUGUAAUUAUGAAGGUUGAAUCCCCAGAUGUCAUGUAAUUAUGAAGGUUGAAUCCCCAGAUGUCAUGUAAUUAUGAACGUUGAAUCCCGAUGUCAUGUAAUUAUACAAUUGUUAUAUUCCCAGAUGUCAUGAAAUUAUACACGUUGUACCCCGAGAUGUCAUGUAAAUACACGUUAUAUCCCAUAUGUCAUGUAAUUAUAGACGUCAUAACCCAGAUGUCAUGUAAUUAUACACGUUGUACCCCCGAAUGGCAUGUAAUUAUGCACUUGUUAUAUUCCCAGAUGUCAUGUAAUUAUACACUUUGUAUCCCCAAAUGUCAUGUACUUACACUUUGUAUCGCCAGAUAUCAUGUAAUUACACUUUGUAUCCCAGAUGCCAUCUAAUUACACUUUGUAUCCCCAGAUGUCAUGUAAUUAUACUUCGUAUCCCCAGAUGUCAUGUAAUUAUACUUCGUAUCCCCAGAUGUCAUGUAAUUACACUUUGUAUCCCUAGAUGUCAUUUAAUUACACUUUGCAUCCCCAGAUGUCAUGUAAUUACACUUUGUAUCCCCAGAUGUCAUUUAAUUACACUUUGUAUCCCUAGAUGUCAUUUAAUUACACUUUGUAUCCCUAGAUGUCAUUUAAUUACACUUUGUAUCCCUAGAUGUCAUGUAAUUACACUUUGUAUCCCUAGAUGUCAUUUAAUUACACUUUGUCUCCCCAGAGGUCAUGCCCCCUGAUGAGUUUCACUCGCCUGUCAAUGAUUCGGCCUACACCAACAACAUAGCUUCCAUCAACCUGAGAUUUGCAAAUCAGUUGGCACGGGAAUUUAACCAGGUAAGUUCAGAUGUCAAGUGAUUGAGGCAGGUGGGUUCAGCUGUCAAGUGGUUGAGGCAGGUGGGUUCAGCUGUCAAGUAGUUGAGGCAGGUGGGAUCAACUGUCAAGGGUUGAAGCAGGUGAGUUCAGAUGUCAAGUGAUUGAGGCAGGUGAGUUCAGAUGUCAAGUGAUUGAGGCAGGUGAGUUCAGAUGUCAAGUGAUUGAGGCAGGUGGGUUCAGCUGUCAAGUGGUUGAGGCAGGUGAGUUCAGCUGUCAAGUGGUUGAGGCAGGUGGGAUCAACUGUCAAGGGUUGAAGCAGGUGAGUUCAGAUGUCAAGUGAUUGAGGCAGGUGAGUUCAGAUGUCAAGUGAUUGAGGCAGGUGGGUUCAGCUGUCAAGUGGUUGAGGCAGGUGAGUUCAGAUGUCAAGUGGUUGAGGCAGGUGGGAUCAACUGUCAAGGGUUGAAGCAGGUGAGUUCAGAUGUCAAGUGAUUGAGGCAGGUGAGUUAAGAUGUCAAGUGAUUGAGGCAGGUGGGUUCAGCUGUCAAGUGGUUGAGGCAGAUGAGUUCAGCUGUCAAGUGGUUGAGGCAGGUGAGCUCAGAUGUCAAGUGAUUGAGGCAGGUGAGUUCAGAUGUCAAGUGAUUGAGGCAGGUGAAUUCAGCUGUCAAUUGGUUGAGGCAGGUGAGUUCAGCUAUCAAGUGAUUGAGGCAGGUGGGUUCAGCUGUCACGGAAAUUCGGCCAGGUGAGCACAACUGUCACGAGAUUCUUGCCAGGUGAGUUUGGAAAUAAGUACUUUGAAACAACUUCCUGACUUUUUAACUUAUUUUAUCCUUUGCAUGGGUUAUAGUAAAAAUGGUUAUAGUUCUCAUAUUGAUGGUUAUCGUAUGAGUGGUUAUCAUAGAGGUGAGUACCAUAUGAAUAGAAAUUACAAAAACUGUCACACCAUGUCAGAUAGAAAGAGCGUCCUUGGUACAGAAUCGCUACCACAACAGAGUCGCCAAUGAUUACUGAUGUUACGUAUUUUACAGCCCGAGAACUCGACGUGGGCUGAAAUAAGUGACAAGCUUCGAUUACUGUACGAUCCGGUACUCGACUACCACCCGGAGUUCGACGGCUACUCACUGAACGACAGAACUAAACAGGCCGACGUGGUCCUACUAGGGUUCCCUCUCAUGGUCGCCAUGAAUGAGACGACAAGGAGAAACGACAUGAUAUUCUAUGAGCAGGUAAAUUAUAGGGGGGUCAGAGGUCAAGGGCUGGACGUCCAAGAGCGAUUCCAUAUUAUGCCCACUACUUACUUUUUGGUGUUCAUGGGAAGGUUAAUAGGGGGUCAGAGUUCAUGGGUUGGACGUCCAAGGGAGAUGUUACAGUAAACCCACUAUUUAGUUUUGGUAUUCAUAGGAAAGUAUAUAGGGGUCAAAGGUCAAAGUUGAAAGUCCAAGAGCCAUGUAAAAGUAACCUUAUCUUUUACUUUUAGUAUUGAUAGGAACGUAAAUGGAAUCAGAGGUCAAGGGUUGGACGUCUGAGAGCAAUGUUACAAUAAACUCACUGCCUACUUUUGGUAUUGAGAAGUCGUUGAAAUGAAACAAUUUUUCAUUAUUUCUAGUAUAUAUAAUAUAUAUUAAAUUGUACUUUCGAUAUAUUAAUAAAAAUUUUAUGAACGCACCCCCUCCACCUUUCUACCCCCCUCCCUUUUAGAGCACCCCGGUUGGCCCUGCUCCUGCCAUGACGUGGGGCGCAUUUAUAAUUGGGUGGCUUGAACUUGGAGAGGAAGCCAAGGCCGCUGACCUCUUCAACAGAUCCGUCCUGAACUCCCAGCAGCCGUUCCUGGUAAUGCAUGCUUCAUUGAACGCGUCAUCACACUGAAUGUUAGAUGUCAUGGUUCAUUGAAUGUCACAUGGCAUGGUUCAUUGAAUGUGAUACAUGACAAUGUUCACUGAAUGUCAUAUGUCAUGGUUCAUUGAAUGUUACAUCCCAUGGUACAUUGAAUGUGAUACAUGACAUUGUUCACUGAAUGAUACCUGCCAUGGUUCAUUGAAUGUUACAUGUCAUGGUUCAUUGAAUGUUAGAUGCCAUGGUUCAUUGAAUGUGAUACAUGACGUUGUUCACUGAAUGUUACCUGCCAUGGUUUAUUGAAUGUUACAUGGCAUGGUUCAUUGAUUGUUACAUGUGAUGGUUCGUUUGAAAGUUACAAGUUAUUGUUCAUCGAUUGUUACAUGUCAUGGCUCGUUGAAUUUUACAACACGUUGUUAUUUAUGUCGUUUUCUUUUCAUUCUUGAUAUUCUAACGAAGUUACAAUCUAUGAUUGAUUUGGUGCUGACAGGAUUGUUUUAUUGUUUCCUUAAGAGGCACGAUUGAUUAAAUGCCAUAAAGACAAUGGAUCCGAAUGUCAGGCAAAUGUCUGCUAGUCAUAAACAAAUAUUUAACGCUGACAGCUAUUUGUUUUCGGGUAGAAACAAAUAAAUACUUUCUGUAGAGAAGCCAUACAUGUCAUUUGGACUUUCAAGUAUUUAUUUGUUUCUGUAGAGAAACCAUAAAUGUCAUUUGGUCUUUACAGUACUGCAUUUACAAUGUAAAAUAAUUUUAAAAAAUCCUGAAAAUCCAGGGUGACUUGAGUGCGCAAAUAAACAGAGAUUCUCAAAUUAUAAUUAAUUGUAUUCCUGAUAAUUGAUAAAGGGGGUUCAACGUUUCGUGGACGGCUUGCGCGGCCCAAAUACGUUACGAAUGAGCUGAGCUGAUUUGUUAUGUAUGCCUAGAUAGUGAGGCUUAGUUUUAACUUCUAAUAAGUAUACAAGUGAAUACCACAUUUGAAUGAGGCCAUGACAGAGACACAGACCUUGACAUAGUCAGUGUCUUAAACAAUUUUGAGCUUCAGAGACGACUGGAAUUUUUUUAAUAAAAAAUUUUUGGGGGGUGUUUUCCCCCCCCCCCCCCAUUCCCCACUUUUUUUUCACGAUUGCGCACCGUGUCGCGCUCUCAUUCACUGCUUCCCGCCGUCGUACUCACCACAUUGCCAAAAGAGCCCACACAUAUAGGGUCAAUACAACUAAGCGUUGGUGGAUAUUUGGAGAGCUAAAAUAUUGGCGACAGCAAUGCGUGAACUUACUAAUCUACCAAAGUUACUUGACAAAACAUGAACUCAAAUAACGCACAUUUAAGAAUCCCAAUUUUCGCUACACCAGUUGCGUUAUUUAAAAAAAAAAUAAUAAUUUGGCGUAGUUAUGGGGAAUUAUAUUUUGAGUGCCAGUGAACUCAUAAUUGAACUAUACUUUCUUUCAAACAUAUAGAGUAAUUUGUAACAUACUCUAAUACGCUGAAUAAGGAGCAGCGAGCUUGUUAGGUAGCAGCCUGAAAUGGAAGCAGUCCACGAAUCCCACCCAGAAGCGUAAUGUGUAUACGAGGUUAUACGCAGCUUCCGGAAAUUUUUCACGCGUUAUUUUACCGGGUUCCGUUUCUCCAGCUAGAGGCUUAAAUUUAAAAGGUAUAAAGAUGCAAUGCUCGAUCUCAUGAAAGUUACAUAACUUUUUUUGUUCUGUUUGUUUCCGUUACAAUGUACGGUUUAUCUCGUGGGGCUUUUCUUCCUUUAAAAAAAAAUGGAUUCCUUAUUUUGUCCCACUUACCAGGUCUGGUCAGAAGACGCCGACGGCGGCGGCGCCACCAACUUCCUGACGGGCAUGGGCGGCUACCUCCAGAUGAUCCUCUUCGGCUACGGCGGAUGCAGGAUCUACGACGACAUGUUGACCUUUAACCCCAUUCUAAUCACGAGGACGACUGAGGUCACGUUCACCGGCAUCGAUUACAGAAACUGCAGCUUCGACCUCGGAUACGACCAGGAUAACAUGACCCUGACGCAAACUUCGGACGGCCAAAGUCGUCUUGGUCUGGAGGUCAAGUUUCAAGCCGCCAACAGAUGGCAGAAGCUUAUCACCGGACAAGCCACGACAGUAAAACGCCAAGAAUUCGCCGUCAGAGCUGCUCAGUAGCAUGCAAGGAUCAUGUCAAGGGACGACGCAAACAGAAUAAUAAAUUGUAUAUGUGUGAUUUGAGGAUUACGUGUUGAAAUUUAAAAAAAAAAAAUUUGAACAACUUUCUUGAAUCAAACUGUUAGCCUCAAGGGUAGAUGUGACUUGUCCACUUAGAAUUCGUGUGUCAAUCUGAGAGUGACAGUAGAUACAUAAAUAUAUUUAGAAUAUAGUUGAAG